CAUCCCUUUCUGUCAAAAUGUUCAUGAUAUGAAAGGAAAAAGUAAUGGCCUCAUCAGUCAAGCACCUUUGUACUAUUUGCCAUGAUGAUGGAAUCACUCAGUCAGCAGUCACAUGGUGUACAGAAUGUGAGGUUUUCUUUUGUGGAGACUGUGAAAAGCAUCACAGAAAGUCACGACUGUCUAAGAACCAUAACACCAUGUCCGCUGAAGAUUACCAAAAGUUACCUACAUUCAUGCAAGAAAUAAGUAGUCAGUGCAGAGACCACAAGAUGAAGUUUGAGCUUUACUGUUUUUUCCACACCUGUCUCUGCUGUGUCCAGUGCGUCACUGAUAAACACAAGAAAUGUCAAGACAUGAAAACCUUGUCUGAAAUACUAAAGCAAGUUAAAUCAUCUGCUUCAGUUCAGCUUUUUGAAAAAGAUUUGAAGAAUGUGAAGGAAAACUUAGAUACAGCCAUAAAGUACCUGAAUACCAGAAUCAGUACCAUUAAUACUCAGAAAACAAAAGUCGUUGAGGAAAUCAGUUAUAAGAGGAAGUCGGUCAAUGAUUACUUAAACAAAUUAGAGAAAGACCUACUAAAUGACUUAGAGUCUAAACAUUCACAGCUUAAAGUUAACAUGGUCACUCUCAUGCAACAAAUGGAACAGCGAGCCAGUCAGGUAGACCAAAUACAGAGCCAGUUUACCAAAAUGACGCAAUAUGCUACAGAGCUACAGAUGUAUAUUGGUCUAAGAGAGAUUGAGAAAACUACUUCACAAACGGCAAAAUAUAUAGAAGAUUUAGAAAGUGGAAACCACUUCAUUGAAAAGAAUCUUGAAGAUCACAUUUCAUCUGCUCUUCAAUCAAUUUUACAAGAUGUCAAAUCAUUUGGAGAUAUUAAUAUUAAUACCACCUCUUCUACACUUCGACUUAAUACCGAAAGAAAAGAACAAGCCCAGCACUUGGUUCUAAAAGUUCCUGGAAUUGAACAAAUCAAGCCAUCCUUGUUGACAAGACUGACAGUUCCAGAAGAUAUGAAGUCUUUAAAUACAUCUGCCUGUCUUAUACUACCUGAUAGUAAAUGUAUAAUACUUGAUUACAACAAAAAACUACUUCUACUAUUCAGUAAUUCUGGCAUUUUCAUCAGAAAAGUAGUUACACUUACGGAGUAUCCAUGGGAUGCCUGCUUUGUCAGAAACAAUACAGUGGCUGUCACAUUAGGACGAGCAAACAAGACAGCACUAGUGGAUGUAAAUAAAAGUAAAAUUAUUCAAACAGUUAAAGUUUCUCAUGAUUGUUAUGGAGUAGCAAGUGAUGGUAAAACUUUAGUCAUCAGUAAUGGUGACAGCCAGUGUACUACAGUGAAUCUGAAUGACAUGUCUCAUACAAUCUUAGAAGGACUGGGAGGAGUGGGACGUAUUUCAUUUUUCCAAGGAAAUAUCUAUAGUAUCAAUAGCGGUAAAUACAACGUAUGUUGCUAUAAAAUUACUGGUGAAUCUCUCUGGACAUUUCAGCACAGAGACAUUGCCAGCCCAGUAGGACUUACAUUAGACAAGAAUGGCUUUGUUUAUAUAGCUUCUCUUGGAAACAACAGUAUUGUGGUAGUAUCACCAGAUGGUAGAACCUGUAAGACAAUACUAUCAGAGGCUGAUGGAAGCAUACAUCCUUGGACAAUAGAUAUCAACAGAGAAACAGGAAUAAUGAUAGUGUCAAGUGAAAUAAGUGAUAAUAACAAUGAUAAAUACAAAACAGCUUUUGUGUAUAAAAUUUAAGGUGGUACCAAACACCUUGACUAAAACUAAUUUGGCUCGUUUAAUUUUCAAAAAAUUUUGACAAAAUAUUUACUUUGACCCUUUGACAAAAAUUUUAAAAUUCAAAAAACUUGAACCACAUACUUCAUUGGAAUAUUUCAUUGGAUGUAUAGCAGUUUGACAUACACUAAUUUUGAUCAUUGAGAAGCUUAAUAUUUCCGUAACAACAGAAUGUGAUUGAACGUUCAGCUGAUUUUUAAAAAGUUAUCUCCCUGUAGUGUUAAAAAU